AUGUCAGAAGAGACGGAUAAAGAAGACGUUUUACAAAAUGAAACAAUCGGAAAUGACAAUAUGAAUAACAACGAUAAUACAAACGAAUUUACAGAUAAUCCUAAAAAUGAUAUUGAAGAAAUUGUACGUACUUUCAUUAACAACACACUUGAUAAAUUCAUAGAGAUCAAUUCCAAACGAAAUAGUAUAAUAAGCACUUCGAGUAAAUUGAAUCGAUCUAUUGAAGAAAAUGAUAUGGAUUUGUUGAGAAAGGAAAUUCAAUCAAUUCGUUAUAAUGUUGAAAAAUUAGAUAAUCAUUUAAAACUUCAUUUGACACAACAAACUGAUUAUGAGGAGAAAUUAUCAAUGUUAAAAUUAAAACUGAAUGAAUUUGAAAAGAUUUCAAAAUCUACAUUAAAACAAAAUCGUUCAAGUUUCGUUUACCAAGAUACAAUACAGAAAAUUGAAAGAGAUCUCAUUGAAAAGAAUUCUGUUGGAACAUCAAUGGAUGAUUUAGUAAAAACUGAAGAAAUGAGUUCAGUGAUUCGAAGAAAACAAUCACAAACGAAACCAUUUUCUAGUAAUAAAAACGGAACAAGAAAAUUGUCCCAUGAAAAUGUCGAUAAUAAUAUUCAUAAUAAAACAAACAGUGAAGAGGAUGAAUUGUAUGCAAGACAAUUAGAAGAGAUAAAACAUUUACCAAUUCAUGAAAUACUUCAACGUAUAUUACACUGA